CGAUUCUCCAUUUUCCCGCCUUUUUUUAUGGAGAAUACAUUUAUUAAUCAGCGAACGAGCCAUAAAAUUAUUAACUGAAACCUGCGACGCACAUGCACAAAACAUUGCCAAGCCGCAACCAGUGUCUGCUAUUGAGUGACAAGUGAAUACAAAAACGGCGCAAAGCUGUCAUCUGUCUCUUUCUCGUUGUCAUUGCUCGCCCGCCAAUACCAACACCACCGCGCCAACACCGUCCCCGGACCCCGACCCCCCGUUGCUGCUGCUGCUGACGGCAGCAACAAAAAAAAAAAUCGAACAAAAAAAAAAAUAAUAAAGAAAAUAUAAGGAAACCAAGAAGUGAAGUAAAUCAAGUCAUAUAGCAAAAAUAGCAAAAGGAAUAGUCAUAAGAACAAGAUGAGCAACGAUGUACAUAAGCAGGAAUUGGGUGCCGAAGUGGUUGCCAUUGGCAGUGUGGGCGGCGGCGGUGGUGAGAGUGGAGUUAACAGUGCCUCCGCCUCCUCACCCAAUUCGGGUGCCGCCUCCACCGAAGAUGCCCAGGAGAAUACACGAGCCAUAUAUGAGAAUUUAUGCCGAGAGCUAAACAUGGAUCGUCAGACUGAAGAGGAUGGCUACAAAACAUUUCAAGAAGUGUGUCAACGCUGCUCUUUGGAGGGCGAUGUAAGGCAUUGGUUGUGUUGCUGUCUCUACAUGGCUUGCCGAAAGUUCAGCAUGCCCACUGUAAAUGGAGAGGAUGCUGUGGUACGGGGUAAUGGUGUUUCCCUCAAUAAUCUGUUAAGAUGCUGUCAAAUUAGCAUCUACGAUUUCAAGACCAAGAUCAAACAAUGGUGUGACAUGGCCAAUCUAUCUCCGGAUUGUAAAAAUCUUAUUGAGAUUGUUGAUCGCAAAUUUAGCAUCACAUUUACUUUAUAUAAGAACUAUCGGGUUAUCUUUGAGACAAUCUUUCUAUGUCCGCCCAACGAGAAGAAGCACUCCAAGUACAGUUCUUUACAUGCCAAUCAUACCAGUCAUGGCAGAUGCUCCUACAUCAAAUUGGACGACAUCUGUUGGCGUCUCUUUCUCUGCGCCAAGAAUCAGAAACCGGCAACAACUGUAGAUUUAGUUACAUCGUAUAAUCUAAUGAUCUGCUGUAUUGACCUGAUCUAUGCCAAUGUGUUGGCCGAAAAACGCUCUGAUCUCAUAAAUCCCGAUUUUGAGGGUCUGCCAUCGAACUGGAAUUCACCGGAUUUCCGGGCCAGGGACAAUUGUAUACUCGUUUAUUUCUGCGAAAUGUCAGUUGAGGCCAAAGCCAUGAAAGAGACAUUAUUUCCCAAAAUCAUUGCCAGUUUCUUUCAAGCAAAGACGAUUUAUGGAAACAAGGAUACCAUGCUGGGACUAUUGGCCCGUGAAAACUGUGAACGCAAUCUAAGAUCUCUGAACAUCAGCUAUGAGCAAUAUGUGCUGAGUGUUGGCGAAUUGGAUGAGCGUAUCCUAAGUGCCUACGAUGCCAACGAGCAUACAAAUCUCAAUGAGCAGGCCCUGAAACCGCCUGUUACGCCAUUGACACGCAAACAGGAUCUACCAUCCCAUACGACAGCGUCAGACCAAAAAUUUGAGGCUGUAAAAAAUGCUACGAAAAAUGUUAAACAAUUACUUGCAUUUAGUGGCAUCAAAGAGCCAACGGAUUUUGUUAAGCAAGCUGGAGAUGAUGUGGUUGCAAAACUGGUGCAAAGUAUCAAACAAAUGAAGCAAAAAUUUCUAGCCAAAUAUCCGGAGGGUAUUGAUCGUUUUGAAUUGGCCGAAUGCAAUUUUUACUAUCUACUCGAUCAUAUAUUGCGUGCCGAAACUGAACAGAAAAUUAACAAACCCAAAAUUGAUCUCAAACGUCAACUGGUGCAGAAGGUAUCGUUGUCCAUAUUUAAUGUCACCCUAAUGGCGUGCUGUGUGGAGCUGGUGCUGGCGGCAUAUGAAACCGAAUGGAAAUUCCCAUGGAUAAACGACUGUUUCAGUAUUAGUGCCUUCGAUUUCCAGAAAAUAAUUGAAAUUGUGGUACGCCAUGGCAGUCGUGUGGGCUUUCUCAAUCGCAGCCAGAUCAAGCAUCUAAAUUCAAUUGAGGAGACGUGUCUGGAGCGUUUGGCCUGGUCACGCACCUCGCCCGUAUGGGAGAUGAUUGCCUCUGCUGUGAAACCGUUGCCCACAUCAUUGGAUGUGAAUCGUGAUCAAACAGCUGGAGCAUUGCAAAUAUUUUUAAGAAAAGUCUAUCUCCUGGGUUGGCUGCGCAUACAGAAAUUGUGCUCCGAAUUAAAUUUAAGCAAUCCAACGCCAGAGAAAGUUUGGCAUAUAUUCGAACAUUCGAUAGCGCAGGAAACGGGUCUAAUGCAAGAUCGUCAUCUCGAUCAAAUCAUUAUGUGUGCAAUAUAUAUUUACAUAAGAGUUACAAAAAUGGCGGAGCCAAAAUUUAUUGACAUUAUGCGCGCCUAUCGCAAUCAACCGCAGGCGGUAAAUAAUGUCUAUCGCGAGGUGCUAAUCCUGGAGGGUGGCGAGACCAAAUAUAAGGAUAUUAUUUACUUCUAUAAUAAGCAUUAUGUGGACCGCAUGAAACAGUUCUCCAUUAGCUAUCUGGACAGGACUGUCGAUCCGGCGGAUUUACUGCUUUCGCCACAUCCAACGGAACGUCCUGCCCUGCCCAAGAAGCUGACACAAAAUCAUGUUUAUAUAACGCAAAUGCAAAAGAACGAAACUCUUGUAUCGGACAAUAAUAUGAUCUAUGAAUUCUAUCGGAGUCCCGGCAAGGAUCUGGAACGAAUGAAUGAAAAAGUGCGAGGAGCUUCCGGCAAACGAAUGCUGUGCUUUGGCGAUGAGGCUGGCUUGGGACCAAUUGAUUCAAAGCGUUUGGUACGCAAUCUGCAAUCCGACUAGAACUCAAUCACGAUCUUUCAGUCCACAUCCUGCUUAGACCCAUCAUAUUCUCUUUUAGGCUUAAGUCUUAGACGAAGUGAAAUUCUUUCCUGUUGUCCAUUUUGUCCCUCUGUGGCCAAAGAGAUGAUGAAUAUUUGUUGUUUUCUUCUCUUUCUCCACGUUUUAUUUUUUUUUCCACUA